AUGCAUAUAAUUUGUGAGUUUCUUAUAAUUGACCUUUGGUACUAUUCGUGUCUAACCUUACUCAAUAUAAUGCUAAUGGUGGAAAAGACGAAUAGUGGUGUGGGCCAUUGCAAUCUUGUGAUCAUCACAUGCAUCAAUAACUGCCUGAUCAUUGGUCGAUCCAGCUGGCGAAGCGAUAAACUCAACGCCACUCUGUUGGGCCCUAUCAAUGUUGUCACGGAAUGGGAAGAAGGCAUCGGAGCUCAGCGCAACGCCUUUCAGUUGGGACAACCAUUCAGAUCUCUCAGUCUCUGUAAGUUUGGAAGGAGGGUUUUCAAGCAUGCUUUCCCAGGUGGCAGUAUCCAUAUCCU